UCCCCGCAACGGCCGAACGUCAAAACUUAUCGCUCAACGCCACUUCCUUCCCUCGUUCAUGGCCCGCCCUGGGGACCAUUGACUGUUAAAAUAUGCCUCAUUAGAUUCUCGCUGCUCGUUGGAUGCUGGCGGUUUUCUGAGCUCUCUUUCUCCCCGCGUCUGUCUCGAGUUCUGCGUGCUUAAAGUCAUUCCUCACGUAUUGUUACCUCGAAUCAUUACUCGAACACUUGCUUAUCGGUACCUCCGCCCUGGGUUACCAGGAACCAGGUCCAGGACCACGAGACCAGUCGUUCACUGCGGGCUUGAGGGACUUACAACUAGAAAGCCUUCAAUAUGCGUGCGUUACUUGUUAUUCAUAGGUUGCUCUGCUUGCUUGCAGUCUUCUCUGAGACCAAUGCGCUGGCGUUGCGGUCGCAGGACGUCCUUGCGCCAUUGUCUCCAAAUGCGCAGAUUCGGCUGGAGGAUUCAACCGAUCCCCCGUCAAAGCAGCUUCCCCUUCCUGCUCCAGAGAAGCCCAGUGAACCGAUCGGCUCGAUAAGCCGCACUUACAACGAUUUGCUGGAUGCUCUCAAUGUGAUGCAGGAUGACUACUUCCAGCUUUGGCAAGGCACCUGGCCUACUAGUAUCGAUUGGACUGCUGCCGUGCUUGGGACUCAUGUCUCCGCCACCCUCUCCUCACUGACUUCUACGGCGGGGGAUGUGCUGUCGAACCUCCUUUCAGAGAAUGCCAGUGGGAAUCACAAAGAGCUGGAAGAUAUAACUGAACAGUAUUCGUUGGGAUUCGAGAAUCUCAUUAACCAUUAUUUUGACCAAACCUCAGCAUUCUACUUCGGUGAGGAUGCCUUUGCUGUAAGAAACCAGGCCUUCGAUGACAUGCUAUGGGUUGUUUUGGGCUGGCUGGAGAACAUAAAGUUCCAAGUGUUGCACAGCGACCUGCAUUACGAUGACCCCUUCUCACCCAACGAGACAACAAAACGCCUCUGGCAUGGAACCCAGUUUCAGUCUCCGGCGGCUCAUCGGGCACGUGUGUUCUACGGUCUUGCGUCCGGGGGUUGGGACGUUUCCUUGUGUAAUGGCGGGAUGAUCUGGAGCCCUUACCUGACGCCCUACAAGAAUGCCAUCACCAAUGAGCUGUACAUAGCCGCUAGCAUCGGGAUGUAUCUCUACUUCCCCGGAGACUUUAUUGAUUCACCCUUUAUGGGAACCACAUUGGACGAUGAGAACUGGUCAGACGGUUACCCUCACGACCCAACUCAUCUGCAGGCGGCCAUCGAGGGAUAUUCGUGGCUAAAUGCCUCAAAUAUGACGGGUGCCAAUGGCCUCUAUGGCGAUGGCUUCCAUAUCAGUGGUUGGAAGAGUGCCGAUGAUCCUGGCACGCGCAAAUGUGAUGUUCUCAACACCAUGGUAUAUACAUACAACCAGGGAGUGAUCCUUAGCGGGCUAAGGGGACUUUGGUUAGCUACCGGUUUGCAGCAGUAUCUAUCUGACGGGCACCGAUUGGUCAAUGAUGUGCUCUUGGCUACCGGAUGGCCUGACAAAGGCAGUCAGCAGUGGGAAGGGCUUGGCCGCGGAGGUGUGUUGGAAGAUGCGUGCGACUCUUCCGGGAGCUGCUCCCAAAAUGGACAAACCUUCAAAGGUAUCUUCUUUCAUCAUUUGGCCGAGUUCUGCCGAGACAUCCGGCCGCAGGAAUUGCGUUUUCUGGCCAGUGCCAACCGCACAGGGGACGGGGAAGACGGCUGGCAGUACGUAUACGAGUGGCACCAAGCACGAUGCCGAACAUACCGCCCCUGGAUCGAGCACAACGCCAACGCCGCUCUGUUGACCAAGAAUGGCGACGGCAAGAUCGGCGAGUGGUGGGGAAACACCACCGCCACCGACGUGAGUCCUCUGCCGCAGGGGGCGAUCGACUAUCAAAACUAUGGGGCGCAGGGUGAGGACUCAGAGGCACUGACGGGACUUCUCCGCAGCCGUGGCUCUAAGGGCCCCAGCGAAGACGAGACGCUGGGACUCGAUUCCACACGACAGCUGCAGGGCUGGGGAACUGCACCGGAGCGGUCGGGUUUCACAGAGCGCGAUUAUGCGCCGAACGACUACAACGAUCGUGGCCGCGGACGCACUGUUGAGACACAGUCAGGAGGUGUCGCGGUGCUGCGGGCAUUGUACCAGUGGAAGACGACCUCGUCUCUUGCAUGAUCCGGGUCAUUCGGCCGACGGCCUAGCACUUGCUGUACAAAUGGGUUGGUUGGUUUGAUUGUAUGUUAGGAGUUUCAGGGAUACCUACACUAGGACCGGAACAGGCGUUUUGGAAGCACGAUUACCUUCGUCAUCUGUAGGGCGCGGCAGCCAUCACUCACCUACGUACAUACACAGAACAUGCAUGAUGUCUUGAUCAGCAGAACAAAUUUGCCA